GAAUCAAGUGCCCAACUGAACACAGCUUUUGGCAGACGAAUGGACACAGGCUAAGCCUUCAUCCGGUCUGUGUUAAAACGCCCGAACUUGAAAGUACUAACCGGGAGUUUCGUCACAAGAAUUGUGAUCGAUAAGUUUACACGUAGUGCUGUGAGAGUUGAAUUCACUCAUGGAGGGAGCAAUUAUUUCGUAAGGGCGAAGAAGGAGGUGAUUUUGUCAGCGGGGGCUUUCAAUACGCCUCAAUUGUUGAUGUUGUCUGGGAUAGGGCCAGGGUACCACUUACAAGAUCUAGGAAUUGAGGUUAUCCAGGAUCUGGAAGUUGGGAGUACGCUCAGGGAUAACCCUACUUUUUACGGGGUUGCGUUCCAAACAAAUUACACCGAACCAAUUGAACCUCUCGAGAAUUAUAUCGAACAGUACUUUCAAGGAGUUGGUCCUUUAGCCAUCCCUGGAAAUAACCAAGGAGUAGGUUUUUACGAAUCAAGUUAUACGAGAGGUACCGGAAUUCCGGAUCUCGAAUUCAUGUUUAUCCCAGCUGUGGCUUCAACAAUUUUACAACAAAGAGCCUUCAGGUUAACCGACCAAACUUACAACGACGUGUACCGGUUCCAAGACGUGGGAAGUACCUUCGGUGUUUACGUCAUAGUUUUGCAUUCAAAAUCGGUCGGAACUGUCCGACGCAGGAGCAGGGAUCCCUUCCAGUUCCCGCUGAUUGACGCAAAUUUUCUCUCAGAUCCCGAAAAUAAAGACAUAAACGUGCUUUAUGAAGGAGUACAGUUACUUAUGCAAAUGGCCCAGACCAGGGCCUUCAGGUCAAUGGACGCAACUUUGGCUGGAGGUCAGUUGUCGGCUUGUAGCCAGUAUGAGUUUUUGAGUAGAGAGUACUGGUACUGUGCCAUUCGACAACUUACCAUCAAUGUGUACCAUCCGCUGGGUACUUGUCCCAUGGGAAGGGAUCCAAGGGAAGGAGCUGUGGUGGAUUCGGAAUUGAAGGUUUUCGGGAUCAAGAAGUUAAGAGUGGCUGAUUCAAGUGUGUUUCCGUUUGCUCUGGCUGGUCAUCCAACUGCACCUUCGGUUAUGGUUGGCGAACAAAUGGGUGAUAUACUUAAAGAAAAGUAUAAAUACAAUGACAAUUAUUAUGAUGUUUUUCAUGAUUAUUUGUAGAUUUGUAGUUGUGUAGGUAUUUAAUUUUAAUAAAAUAUCUAGUCAAAUAAAGGAGUAGUGGGAGGGGCAUUUUGGGACAAUUAUUGGACUUUUUGGUACAAAAUCUGAUUUUGUGUUUAACUACUACAAUGAAAACCUUUUUGAGACUGAGACCAGAAAAACAUUUAAAUACAGUGUACUAAUUAAUUUACAAUGGUGUUGUAAUUUUAAUUAGUAAAAUAGAGAAUGUUACUUUUGGAUCAGAGUGAAAAAAGGUCAAAAAUAUUUCAAAUUCUAAAGACUAGCAAAAAUUGCACACACGCAUAUAUAGUUAUAAAAAGUUUGAACAGCUCAAAAUAUAUUCACAUGUCUGGACCAUGCCAAUUGUUAAUUAAGAACAUAUUAUUUAUUUAUAACCGAAAUUUAUUAGCUCUACGUAAUCUCGGAUUUUUUGAUUUGGACACUUUAAAAGUCAUCAAAAAUAAGCCCCCAAAAAUUAACAAAAAAGUCGAAAUAGCUAAUUUUUUGACAAACAAAACUUUGGAUAAAUUAAACUUUAAAUAUAGGAUAACCUUAUUUGAAAAUAACAAAAAGAGGACAAAGAAAAUGCAAGAAAAAUAAAGAGGGAUGAGUCACAUUAUUUCUGAAUAGCAAAUAUUACGUAUAAUUUUUUUAAUCAAUAAACUCUUUAUUUCAACGUAACAAAUCAUAAAAUAUAAAACAGACACAUUAGUUGAUAAAACAAAAAUUAAAUAUAAACGGAAUGUUUUUGAGAGAAACAAAUUUCUUUCAAUAAUAUUUUAUUAGAUAACAAAUAAUUAUAAAACUUUUGUCAAUUUAAAUUUUUGAAAUUAAAAUAAGUAAACAUAAGAGCUUUAACUGUUUUUGUUUUAAACCUAUUUCGUUCGUUUUUUCACUGUGAGUUUAUCAAUGAAAAUACUCGUUCAAUAUUGGUAUUGUGACUUGAAACUGAAAAAAUAAAUAGUAAAUUUCGAGGAAUUCAGAACACAUAUCUUCGUUUUCCAACGACUGAAAAUAGUCCUGCCAUUUCCAAUGCGAUUCUAAUGUCCUAUAACCUUCAAUUUGCAUUUUUUGAUUUAAAUUUACGUUAAGACUGCAAUACAGAUCAAACAACGUAGCUUCCUUUUAUGUUCAAUUUUGUGAAAAAUUCCAAAGACUUUUGGAUGUCUGCCCAAGAAAGAAUUAGUUACAACCCCAACCACUUCAAACUAUUCUGUUGUAAAGUUAUUUCCGCAUUAUAUUAACUUCGGUUACAUUUGUAAAAAAGAUUAUGACAAUCUGUUUGUUAAAACACUUUGAACAACUUCUAAGCAGUCCAUAGUUUCCACAUUACAAUAAUUGUUUUCUCCUCCAAUCUUCUUAAUUUUAUCUUGAAAUAUGUACAUUAUGAAAUGGAUAAAUCAAAAAUAACUCUCAUUAAUCACAAUUUCAAAAAAACCUUUUAGUUAUUAAAAAUUGAUUUCGAUGUGUAAAGAAAUUGUAAAAUUUAGGAUAAAGGAGACAUUUUAUUAAUUAAAAAAAAUCAUACCAGACACGGACAAAGACCUACAAAAAAGAGGACAUGUCCGGAAAAAAUAUGAUGUUUACUGACCAUAUUUUUAAAUAAAAGUAUUGAAAGUAAAAAUAAAUUAGUCUACAAAUGAGUAGAGCAUCUAUACAUACAUUGAUAAUAAAUAAAUCCAACUGCAUCAUUAAAUCAUUAUUGUAGGGCCACAAAAAUUGAGGUUUUAACAGAUAAGUUCUCAAUUGACAGCGGAGCUAAUGGUCAAUAAAACUAAGGAAAAAUGGGAUCCAGGUGAGAACAGAUUAGUUCAGUUUUUUAGAGCGUUUUUUAUGGUUUUGUAAAUGCAUGUAUUUUUUAGAAAUAAACAUAUAUUCCUGUUU